GUGUAUAGUGUAUAUUUUAUAGAUGCUUAAGAAUUAAUUAAUUAGCAAUAAGUUUUGAUUGUGUCCUGCCAUAUAUUGAUUGUGGUCCACAAUUAGUCAAAGCUAUCAUGAUGGUACCUCGGGUGACUCUGCUAGAUGCUCUUGUACUUGAUGAUCACAUUUCCAAAAUAUUCAUUGGCCAGACUUUAAAGGUUUUUAAGUACUUACCGUCAUGGAUUUUAAACAAUUGCGAGUUGGAAAUAAAUGUUAUAUUACAAUUCUUAAUGACAUACUAUUCUGUCACAAAAUCAAAAGCAACAUUUGGUCAACAAAUGCUUGGAAUUAGAUUCAAACCAGACCAGCUGACUGACACAAAGUUAGUUCUGUAUCAAUUGUUUACAGUCGGAGCAGAGUAUAUACAAUCAAAAGUAGAAAGUCCUUCAAACAAUUAUAUAAACAAUAUUUCUAACCUACAAUUAAUUGUUGAUGUUUUGAAAGUGGGUUCUUUCUUGAAUUUUCUGUUAUUCUUGCAACAAGGCAAGUACCCGACAUUGACUCAAAGGUUUUUAAGUCUUUCACAAGAGCCAACCCGCAAAAGAAAUAUUGAAUAUACUCAUAUGACGAGAGAGCUUCUAUGGCAUGGUUUUUCAGAGCUGUUGUUAUUCACAUUGCCUUUGAUCAAUUAUCAGUCCUUAAAACAUAAAAUAUCCAGAGUAAUGCAUUUUGCACCACGCAAAGAAGAAUUCAAAGAAAGGCAGCCGCUCAUGUUUCCAGUUUCAGUCUGUAGUAUUUGUCGAGAGAGACCUGUGUUACCACAUCACCUUAAAUGCUCCCAUGUGUUUUGUUACUACUGUAUAAGUUCAAAGAGAAUGGUUGAUGAAAAAUUUGAAUGCCCCGAGUGUCAUCAUUUUGAACCUAAUGUAAUACCUGUGAUACUGAUCAAUAAAGUUAAUAUAAAUUCAUAGUAAUUUUUCAUGAGCUUCUGAAGUUAGAAUUUUGACAAAAUUUGUCAAAAUCAUGAAAAUGUGUAUCAGUAAUCUCCCAAAAAUUAAAAUGGUGGAUAGAUCAUACAUUUUCCUGGACUAUAUUUUGACAGAAUUAUAUAAUGUUCUACUAGACACUAGUGAUACUGAUUGGUAGGUUUUAUUACAGAUAAUUCAAUAAUUGUAUGUAAAAUAAUUAAAAUAAUAGUGUUGAAUAGCACAUAGCUACAAACGAAAGUAGAUGUUUACAUGAAUAUAUUUA